GUUACAGCUGCGUCUCUUUUGGUCCUUUCACUCCGCAAACUUUUCUCAUUUCGUUAUACCUGCAACAUUUUAGCGAAGUAGUUAUUGCAGCUUUCUUUGGACGUAAAUCUAGCAAAUAAGUCGAAAUAAUAAAGGUUGACAAAUGUUUUUCUUUUUCUUUGCGUACUUUUAACAAAGUUGUCCAAGCAAAUACAGACAGGGUGGGCAUCUUGAUCAACCAAUGUCAAGUCGUUAAUUAAAUAUAGAGGAUGAUGAGUCAACAUAACACAUCCAGACACCUGCUACUACAUGUGUGGUGUGGGUUUCUCACCAUCGCCAUGGUGAUUAUGGCUGCAGUUCUCAUAUCAGUGAAAGUAAGCUCAUCCGACAAGGUAGCUGAAUCAAAGGAAGAAAAUCACCAUCCUGAAAACGGCAGUUAUCUGGCUCAGAAGGACUCACCAAAGAAGUCCCAUCUAUCAUAUAUCCAGCUGACAAUGCGAAAAGAUCCAGUCUUUUGGGAGAAUGACAAUGAUGUCCCCAAAUGUGGCUCUUGUUCCCUCGUCCUCCGCAACAACUCUGUCUUCAUCACAUCUGCAGGCUUCUACUACAUCUUUGCACAGGUCACCUUCACUAAGCCCAUUGGAAAAGAGAGUAAGAGGACAGUGACUCUAAUCAGAAAUGGUACAAACAUGCAACCAAGAAAACUGAGUGAAGCUGUGAUUUAUGGGGAUAAAGAGGGAACGGUGUUCAUAUCAAAGAUUUUUAAACUCCAACCAGGUAACAGUGUCAGCCUUCAAAUUGCAUCCAAAAACAAUAGUUUUCGAUAUGGAGGAGAGAAUACAUACUGGGGGGCAUAUCAGCUCCCCCUAGAUUGAGCUUUCAAGUAUUGAUAUUGUGGAAUCAAGAUUCAACCAAAACAGAUGUUAUGUGGUAGUAACUGAACUUAAUAUAUUGUGUAAGAACUAACUUUUCGCUGUCAUAUUCCUUGUUUGUGUAUCUGAACCGAUGUGUUUGUAUAGAGA